AUGUUUGCGGCUCGGAAUGUUCUUCGUGUACCACUUCGCUCUCCUACUCUGCGAAGGCCCAUUCAUUCCGGUGUCCGAGGAGACUGGAAUCGCUCAUUAGCUGGUACUAUUGGGUUCGUUGCGGCUACAACAGCAGGUGCAAUUGGCACCUAUGUCUCCUAUAAAUCUGGUGGAAACACAAAAGAAACCCUUGGCGAAAAGUAUCCCGAGGUGCGACGCCCUCCUCCUACCAAAUCGGCACAAUCAAGCCUCGGUCAAAUCCUCACCUUCCGAACCAGGAUAAUUGAACCUUCUGGCGACGCACCUACCCCCCAAAAAGAUGGAGAGAACGUCCCAGAAGGGGGAAUGGACGGUCUUGAAGCCGAUGCUGCGAACCAAGGAGCGUUCAACCCCGAGACGGGUGAGAUUAACUGGGACUGCCCUUGUCUGGGAGGCAUGGCCCAUGGACCAUGCGGUCCUGAAUUCCGAGAGGCAUUUUCGUGCUUUGUAUACUCGAAGGAAGAUCCCAAGGGAGUAGAUUGCGUUGAAAAGUUCAAAGCUAUGCAGGAUUGCUUCAGAGAGCAUCCCGAUGUCUACGGCGAAGAGCUUGAAGAUGACGACGAAGCACCUGAUGCAACCAAAGAACCCAAGACCGAAGGUGGCGACGAGAGCCCAGUCGCAGGCGACGAAAAGAACACCAAGUCUGUCGCGGGUGAGGAUGCGCCUGCUCCUCCUAACCCGGCUCCCGAGUCGCGAACCAGAGCUCCGACCGCUAAUGUCGCUCACGGAGAGACCCCUACGAAAAGCUCUGCCAAGCACUAA